UCCUUGCUCGGGUCUAUCCUAGUCGCGAAAGGGGCGUCAGACCGCUUCGGUUCCUUGUCUGCCAUAUUGGUCCAGCUAGUUAGCUAACUUGCCUGUUUCGCAAGUUGUCCCCGCUGAGUUGCAACGCAUCCACACAGGGCGACCCCAUGUGGUUAAACGAUAGAAAGUCAAUCCAUGUUGUUAUCAGAUCUGCUUCGUAAUAGUGCAGCCAUAAAAAAAGUUCGGGGUGAAACAAACACUGAGACGUGUCACGACAAAAUAAUCCCCGGGUACAUACAGCGGCUUCCUCGGUUCCUAUCAAACAAACUCCAAGAGAACAUCGCCAUCUUGUGGUACAAUUCAAUAGAAACAGCAUUUAGACAACUAAUUAGCAUUUUAAACUGAUUGACUAUCUUUUAACGACAAAGUAAAAUGGCUAUGGCGAGGGAGAAUUUGGCGAAGUCUCAAAGUUUACAGUUUCGAGAAACCUCUGUCGAAAUGCUGACGGACUUUCUAACGGAUCUCAACGAGAGAAAUAGAGAUAACCUCCAGAAUUUGCCCAUCUGUAGUGGAGCCUUCAAGGACAGAAGACUGUUUGAAUACACACUGCUGAUGUGUCGGGAGCUCCAACUGGACACAUCCGUUGCAUACCAAGCCAUUGAAUUUCUUCAAAGGUUCAUGGUCAAGAACAUUACACAUUUGCUGACAGAUGCUAGAGUGACCGAUCCGGGGGCCCUUGAGGAUGCCACAUUCAAACAGCUCAAGGGAAAUUUCGCCUUGACCGUCUUUUCCUGCAUUCAACUGGCCAGCAAGUUGUCACUGCAGAGCCAAAACGUUGACAUCCACAUGGCCAUGCGCUUCCUGCACUCAGUCGGCCUCAACUUCUCCAAGCAGGCCAUUCUGGAAUCGGAGUUGAUGGUCCUGAAGGGCCUGGACUUCCGACUGGAUCUUCCUAACCCUCUCACCUACGUGGAAACCCUUCUGGAGGUGCUCGCGAACAACGAGCCGAGCGCCCCCGUGGAGCACUUGUACCGCUUGUGCCGCCAUGUUCUCCAGUUAGUCAGCUUGCAGCGAGACUCUUUCUAUGACGCUUUGCUCACCAUAACCACGCAGAACCUCAAUCCCACCGCGGAAAUGAGAGAGAAGUUUAUAACAGUGACCGAAGAUUGCAUGAUGCUGGGCGUGGGUGUCAUCGCUGCGGCUGCCUUCAUCCUCCACGUCCAGUACUGGGAGCAGGUGGUGACAGAACUGAGCCACAUGACCGGAAUCUCCACCGCUGUUAUCAGCGACUUCAGCCGCGUCGCGCUUACGUUGAUUGUCGGAACCCCCUCAUACGGCCAGUGAAAUUUCCCAGUCUCUUGUGCUCACUUAACAAAGAUUAAUGAAGAGAAUAAAU